AUGCAGGAUCCUGUGACAGGUGAAGAACUCACUCGUGAAGAUCUUAUUACGCUCCAACAGUCCCCACGCAUCGCCUUUCCGCGUCCUCCAACACAUUCGUCGGUGCCCUCCCUAUUGACAGCCCUACAGAAUGAGUACGAUGCGAUGGUGUAUGAGACUGUGGCUCUGCGUAAGCAGUACGAUUCUGUGCGUCAGGAUCUUGCGAAUGCUUUGUAUACAAACGAUGCAAGCAUGCGAGUGAUUGCUCGUCUCAUGAAAGAGCGGAACGAUGCCCGCGAGGCUCUUGCAAGUAUUCACACGUCGCUCGGGGUGCCAACAACAACUUCCAUCUCAUCGUCAUCCACGACCACCACGUCCACAGCUCCUGGUUCAGCUACACAAGAUGUCGACAUGACUGUGCAGGGGGAUGAGCAAGUGUUACCUCGCUCUCUGCCGCCGGCUGUGAUGGAGCAAGUGGAUGCCACAGCCUCGCAACUGUCGAGUGAGCGUCGAGCACGCAUAAAGCGAGGCGCUUCUGCACCGUAUCCAACGCCUGCAACGGCGUCUUCGAUGGAAGAGCGUGAAGCUAUUAACGCUGCGCACCGGGCAUCGUCCCCAGGCAUUCUUGCGCUUGAUAUCAGCGCAAAUGGAUCCCUUGUGCUUACGGGUGGUCAAGAUAAGAGUGUUCACGUCGUCGAUCGUGCCUCUGGGCAAGUGACGGCCAAGCUGCAGGGACACUCCAAGCCAAUUACAGCUGCUGUAUUCUCUGGGCGGAGCAACCCGGCUGUUGGCGACGCCGCACUUGAGGCACCGAUGCCGGCGUUUGCUGUUAGUGCAAGUGCCGAUGGUUCGGUCCGUACCUGGCGUCGCACAGAAAACGACUCAUAUGAGCUGGCGCAUGUUCUCGAGACGUAUGACGCUCCUGUGACGGGCGUCGAUGUCCACCCAACAGAUAGCCUUGUCGGCAGUGCAAGCCGCGAUGGAUCAUGGGCUAUCCAUUCGCUUGAGAAUGGCGAGCGGCUUAUGCACGUGCCAGCGCCAGCUGCUUCUGAUGACCAGGGCACUGGGUAUGUGUACGAGUCGUUCGCAUUCCAUCCAGAUGGUCAGCUCGCCGCCACUGGCACGGCUGAUGGUGCGAUCCGCAUUUGGGAUAUCAAGCAGGGCGAGCAAAGUGCUGUGUUCCGCGGUCAUGAAGGCAACGUGCAUACAUUGAGCUUUUCACAGAACGGCUAUUUGCUGGUGGCUGCAUCGCGUGAUGCAUCGCACGCCAAGGUGUGGGAUCUACGCAAACUUGACGUGACACGUACAAUUGAGACAGCAGGCUCGGGGAUCGAGUCGGUACGUCUGGACGCAUCAGCUCAGCUCCUUGCCGUCGUAGGACGUGACGUGCGUGUAUUUGGGGGCAAGUCGUUUGAGUUGUGUGCAACAUGGGAUGCAGCGUCCUGCACAUGUGCACAGUGGAGUCCCAGCGAUGGCGCCUUGCUCGUUGGAAGUCUCGACCGCUCCGUGCGCGUCUUUGUCUCAUCCUGA